AUGAAGUGGGGAAGACAGAAAUUUGCAUCUUAUCCAAUUCAUCAGUCUUUACUUGCUCGUGUGUUUCCUAUUUCUUGGUUCUCCAAAUUGAAUCGAAAGGCUAAUUCAGCAAAGAUGAAGCAGAAGGGUGAAAUGGACUUUUUGUCUCAUAAUUCAUCGUUGGAUUCUACUUGGAGAGAGGGACGAUUCUACUGUGCAGAUAAUGAUGAUUAUUGGAGGCUUUCGUUUGGGGAAGAUGGAAUUGAAGCUAGGAGGAGUACAGGUGAUAUAAAUUCUUAUUGGGGUGACUUUGACGAUCAGGACCGUCAACUUGAUCGAGUUGUUGGGUCGAGUUUAAAUAGCUUGGAGUGGAAGGAAAUGGAAAUGACGAGACGACAAGGAAAUCAGACGUUUAAUGACAUGGUUCUGGACGUAAAGAAGAUGAAAGAAAAAGAAAUCACGAAUGGAGAAAAUUCAAGAAAAUUGAAUCAGAAAGUAAUGAAAGAGAAACCGGCAGAUAUGGAGAGAGUAUCGAAUAAAGAUGAAGAGAAAGAUAUACCUGAAACUGAACCAGAAAACAUAAUUAAAGCCAAAAACAAGAAUUUUCAGAAGGCGGCAGCUUCGACUACAAGAAAGCAAGACGAUUUGUCUCUCACGGACUCUGGAUUAAGAACAGCUGAGGAAGAUUGGGCAUUUGAAGCUCUGACUUCGGAGAAGGUAAACAAUGCAACUUCUGGAAAAAUAUCGAGUUCAGAUUGGCGAAAAUUGCAAGACGAGAAUAAUACUAAAGAAACUACGGCUAAAUGUGAAUUGCAGAGGGAGACUGUAUACAUAAGCGGGGAACGACAUAGCAGAAAUACAAAGAAAAAUCACAGAGUCAACGAGUUAUCCCCAAGAACAGAAUGCAAAAUCCGAGCUUCUAAAGACGGUAAAAAAACAAGAUUGAAGACAAAAAGGGAGAUAAAGGACAAACCACUUGAAGGCAGUAAAGUUUUUGAUAGCUUUGCAGUGGUGAAGAGUUCGUUUGAUCCACAAAGGGACUUCAGAGAUUCGAUGAUGGAGAUGAUCAUGGAGAAAGAUAUUAGACAACAAGACGAGCUCGAGGAACUCCUGGCUUGUUAUUUAAUGUUCAAUUGCAACGACUACCACGAUCUUAUUAUCAAGGUUUUCCGGCAGAUAUUGUACCACCACCAGUACGCAUAUUGA